UUUCCUGAAAUUGAAGUACUUUUUCAGUUGCAUAUUUACAGAAAUGCACUAUAUUUCAAUCAACAAUGCAAGGAAAUAUAUUAGUUAUCAUUGACAGUGGCUUGAAUAAAUUGAUUUAAUUAUUUUUGUCAUAGCAUUAAUGAUGUUAUUAUGUUUCGCUCAACGUUUUUGUCUCUACCGGUCAGGCCCAGCCGGGCGUGUAUUGUGUACCCCUACCUCACCCAAAGAGAAGUGCCAUCAAUUAGCCCGCGAGUGUCUCGUAGCCAUGGGCGCUCUCUUCCCUAGAUUUAACCAACAUGCAUGUUCAAACGAUUAGUCCCUCCUUAGUAUAAAAGCUACGUCAAAGACAUCGAAAUUUACCAGAAGAGGAUUCACUGAUUUCACAGUAAGACGCGAUCGCGUCAUUUUUUGGUGAUAAACAAAAAUUACAUACAUGUAUAUACAUAUAUAUUUUUGUAUGCCGGUGAAAAAUUAACAAAAAAAGAAUAAAAGUUUGAUGAUGGGUUAUUCUAAGCAGGUAGUGUUGCAGUUACUUCUUCUUUUUGCAUACUCGAUUAAUGCUGAACCGAUCGGUAAAAGAGAAGCACCUUCAUUAGAUUACGGACCUCCACCACCACCACCACCACCACCAUCAUCGUCGUAUAAUUCUCCACCAUCGUCGUAUGGCCCUCCAGCACCUUCAUAUGGGCCACCAGAACCUUCAUACAGACCACCUGCACCUUCAUACGGACCACCUGCACCUUCAUACGGACCGCCUGCACCUUCAUAUGGACCACCAGCACCUUCAUAUGAACCACCAGCACCUUCCUAUGGGCCACCAGCACCUUCAUAUGAACCACCAGCAUCUUCCUAUGGACCCCCAGAACUUUCGUAUGAAUCCUCAGCACCUUCAGCUCCGGCUGGUGAAUGGAAAAAAAAGCUGACAUGGAAAGAAGAAUGGAAACAAGUCUGGCUAACUAAAAAAAAAUUAGAGUGGAAGCAGGAAUGGAAAAAAAUUAAAGUACCUGCCUGGAAAGAAAUUAAAGUCCCAGUAUGGAAAGAAGUUAAAGUCGAAGCUUGGAAAAAAGUUCAAAAGCCUGUUUGGGAGAAUAUACAAAUUCCCGCUUGGAAAGAAGUUCAAGUUCCAGACUGGAAAAAAAUAUGGAAGCCAGUUUGGAAUGUUGUUCAAGUGCCAGUAUGGAAAGAAGUUCAAGUAGCCGAUUGGAAACAAAUUUGGAUACCUGAAUGGGUUGAAACUCAUGAGAAUACGGUUCAAAGCUACGAACCAUCGAUUUCAAGCCACAGUUCUCCAACACAAAGUUACGGUCCUCCAGCUCAAAGUUAUGGCCCUCCAGCACAAAGUUACGGUCCUCCAGCCCAAAGUUAUGGUACUCCAGCAUCAAGUUAUGGAGUUCCUUCUCAUGAUUCUGGAAAUGGAUAUCACUAUGAUGCUCCAAUUCAAUCUGCUCCCCAAAAAAAACUUAUUUGGAAACCAAUUUGGAAAAAAGUAUGGAGAACGGAAAAAAAGCAAGCUUGGGAAUCUCAGAAAAAAAUGGAAUGGAAAGCUGAAUGGAAAAAAGUUUGGAAAACUGAAAAGAAACAAAUUUGGCAAACUGAUAAGAAACUUACCUGGAAAAGUGAAGAUGUAAAGGUAUGGGUACCGUCAAAAAAACAGGUGUGGAUACCACAAAAUGUCAAGGUAUGGAAAGAUGAGUGGAAGAGUAAGAAUGUACCCGUAUGGAAGAAUGUGCAGGUGCCAACAUGGAAGAAAGUCUGGAAACCUGUAUGGGAGAAAGUUUGGGUACCAGCAGAUUCGCAUCAGCAUCAAGAAGAACAUCCUGGAUAUCAACGAUGAGCUCGCUUUUAUUUCUUAUUUUGAGAGAAGGUAGAACAGGAGAAAAAAUUUUAUUUCCCCUGGAUAUUUAUUGUUAUAAAUAGAAGAUUUUUUUCUUCUUAGUUAUAAGUUGUAAAUAUUAUUAUAUAUAUAAAAAUAAAAUAAAAAUAUAUUUCUACAUA